AUGCCUACAUAUGUGCCUAACGUGAUGUGCUCGCCACACCACGAAGGCCGAAGCAAACCUCCAUCAAGACUGGUUCUUGACGAACCGAAGCGUACGACGGAAGUCGUUGGCGGGUACGAGCUGGGAGAGGGUACCGAAGACGGUGGAUGCCUUGUGGAUGAGAGUGGUCUGCUGCGGUUAUACGCCUUUUCCGAGCUGCUGACGUUCAUAGAACAGGGAUGCGUGGUCUCGGGGAACUUUCGAGUAGGAUGGUAA